AUGGAUCACUGGGGAAAAAUAAACCUCUGCAACUACACCAUACCACUCAGGAAGAGACUCGCUUGGUUUGUUCCUGGACAAGCUUUGGUGAUGCUGGCUGGAGGUUAUCUUGGCAUUUUGCUGUAUAGGUAUUUUCAUGGAGGUGUCUCCCCAAGUAUUUCUAUAAGCCCCAAGACGGCUCAAUUAGACCCCAUCCCGAUGCAGACACAGAGAGUCUUCAUCCUGUACUCCCUUGACCAUCCACUCUACAAAGAGAUAAUUCUGAAGCUGUGUGCUUUCCUGAGAGCCAAGUGUGGAGCCGAGGUGACCCUUGACCUGCUGGAGUCAGCCUGCCUGAGCACCAUCGGCAAGAUGCAGUGGCUGGAGAUGCAGAGAGAGAGAGUCCACAGUUCCACCGACAAGAUCCUCAUCCUGUGUUCGCGGGGCGUCGCCGCCAAGUGGAGGGCCAUGUGCGGCGGCCGCCCCAGCGUGACCCUGCGGGAGGACCAGGGCUCCCCCAUGGGCGACAUGUUCACCCCCGCCCUGGCGCUCAUCAUCCCCGACUUUGUGCACUCUGCCUCCCUGCAGAAGUACAUAGUGGCGUACUUCGAGGAGGUGAGCUACCAGGCCGACGUCCCCUCGCUCUUCCACGUCACGGUGAAGUACAAGCUGAUGAAGCACUUCGAGGAGCUCCUUUUCAGGAUCAUGGGCCAGGAGCAGCACGAGCCUGGCAGAGUGAAGCGCAUCUAUGGCAUCGCGGAGGAUGAUUACUUCCACUGUUCCACCGGAAAGGCACUGCGAGAUGCUAUUGAGGCUUUUCAGGCAUACCAGCUGGCCAACCCGGACUGGUUCAGCCAAGAGCUUGUUGGCUUUACAGAGGAGAACAACACUGGUUCAAACUGUGAGUCUCUUGUCGAGACUGCGUACAACCAUAUUCAGGGCAUCCAGGACAGCGAAGGAGCCUCUGUCCUCACUAAUGCUGUGUCCUGUGCGAGCUUCCAUAAAGAAAACGCAUAG